AUGACAAGCUCCGGCGACUUCUCUUCUCCUCCGACAGACUUCGGCGAGAACCGGCGACAUCCGGCGGCAUCCGGCGGCAUCUCCAUCUUCUUCGACAGCCUUCGGCGAGCCUUCGACAGACUUCGACAGCCUUCGGUGAGCCUUCGACAGACUUCGACAGCCAUCGGCGGCAUCUCCUUCUCCUUCGACGGCCUUCGUCAACUAGUUUGUAGCUCCAAUGAGGCACCAAAUGAGUUGCUAUUGUACAACCUUCAUUCUGGAACUGCAGCUGAACUCACUGGCCACAAUUGCCAGAUCCAAGCGGUUGAAUAUGCUGUGCAUGGUGCUAGUAUUGUUUCUUGUGGUGCAAACAUGUUAAGGGUGUGGGACUCCAGAGCAGGUGAAUGCCUUUUUACUCUGGGGCCAGCAGGAGGUGGUCAGGCUUCUCCUGGACAUAGGAAGAAAAUCAAUGCAAUGGCAGUUAACCAUUUCCAGUCAUGCCUUGUGGUUACAAGUGGCAGGGAGGGGGACGGGAAGCUUCUUUUAUGGAAUAUUCUGACUGGGGAAUUGGCUUCUGACUUAAAUAUGAAUAUGAGGGCUGAAAACCAGCUUCUCCCCUCCAUUGAUGCAAUGGAGUUUUGUAGUCAAAAUAUCCUUGUCUGUGGAAGUGAUUCUGCCUAUGGAGGUCCCGCGCUGGUGCAACUGUGGGAUAUUGAGACUUCCCAAAAUUGUCAAUCUUUUCCUGCAAAUGACGCUUACAUUACUUCCCUGAAAAUAGAUCCAGCCUUCAACACCAUAAUCACAGGUGCUGGGGAUGGGACUGUUGGGCUUUUUGACAUCAGGACGUGUGGUGCUAUAUCUCGUCUGUCAGUGGGGCCCAGUUAUGAGGUGACGUCUGUUUCUUUUAGCAGCUGUGGUACAUAUUUCCAUGCUUCAAGUACAUCAAAUAAUACGCUGGUGUGGGAUACACGAAUUUUUCCAAUGAAUCGUGGGCAGAUGCCUGUAGGAAAACCUGUCCCUGUUAAUGAUAUGUCUGAUAUGAGACCUUUGCACUGUUUGAGCCAUGGGAAGCAAAUGCCCACUGCAGAACAUACAGGUCAACUUCCGGGCCAUGUUGAUGAGGGUGAUCAAGGUGUAAAUGAUGCUCGGUGGCUGCAUAGUGAACCCAUUUUAGUCACCGUGAGUGGCAACGGAAGCAUUGCAAUGUGGGAUGUUACCCUUGGUCAGCCUUGCAUCAGACACUUGAGAAGCCAUACUCGCUGUGCUAAUACGGUAGCUGUGGCUCCCAAUGAUCAGUAUAUCUGCAGUGGGGGGGAUGAUCAGAAAGUUGUUCUGUACCAUUAUGUGAGAGGCAACUCAUGCUCGCAAUGGCGUCUGACCCAUCCAUUGACACAGAGAGAUGUAUUAUAUCCAUAAUUUGAUCUCCUCAAAAACUAGCUGGAAUACCAUGGAGAUAACAAGUCUGAAUGUGUUUUUGGGACCAUUGAAUCUGCAUCUUCUUUAAGAUGUGAAGCAUGGCGUUGAGUUAGCAUCUGUCCGUGCCUUCUUGAUUUCUUUCAUGAUGUACAUGCCUCGAGUCAUGGAGUUGAUGCUGUUUGAUCCUAGCUGCUGCCCUUGGAAAGUCUCCCGUUUAAAGGUGCUGCACUACCUAAACCUCCAUUUAAACUUCUGUUUGAAGUACAACGGUUACUUGUGCUUGGACAAUAUGUGAACAAAUUCUCUUGUUCAAGCGCCAUCUUUCCCUGCAUUUGGAUCUGCUUUAUCUCCUGAAAAGAAACAUCAUAUAGCAAAAUAAGGACAAGGAGAGAACAUCGUGGCUGGCAUUGUUUAUACGGUUUUCAUUAUAAUGCCAUCCUCCCUCUCUUUAAAACCAAUGUAAGAAAAUUGUAGAUUCUUUGCCUGUUCCAUAUCAAUUAUUAAGUUAUAGUUUUCUA